AUGUUACAUUUGCUUAUUCUCAGCUUAGCAUUACUACUAGCCAUUAGCGACGCAAGAAUAACCACAACACGUCUGCUAGCACUCGAUGGUCGCAUUGUUGGCGGUGAGGAUGCCGACAGCAAGGAAUUUCCCUAUCAAGUAUCCCUUCGUCAAUUCGGUUCACACAGCUGUGGCGGUUCAAUUUUGGACACUGGCAACGAGAACACUACCGGCUGGUAUGUGGUCACAGCUGCGCACUGUGUAACACCCAGCUCUCCGCAAUAUCAUCGCGUAGAGUAUGGCGUAACGCAGCUCGGCGGUACCUCCGAUAAAGUGGUGGACGUUGAUCGUAUCUUCCGACAUGAGAACUACAACCCAAACACCAUUGACUACGACAUAGCCUUGAUCAAAGUGGCAACACGCAUAACGCUUAGUGACUUGGCUCAGCCGAUACGCAUAGCCAAUGCAACCCCACAAGUUGGCGCAGAUGCCGUUGUAACUGGUUGGGGUAGCGUGCAAGAAGGCGGCUAUUUAUCGCGCACUUUGCAAAAGGUAGCCGUUAAAAUAGUCGAUCGAUUUGAGUGUGCCGAGCAGUAUUCGCAAUUCAAUGCCGUCACGGAACGCAUGUUGUGCGCGGGAGUGCCUGAAGGGGGCAAAGAUGCUUGCCAGGGCGACUCUGGUGGACCGCUAGUGGUAGAUGGUGAACUGGUGGGCAUAGUGUCGUGGGGUGUGGGCUGUGCUCGUCCUAAUUUACCUGGUGUAUAUAGCGAUGCUGCUGUUUUAUGCUUAGCAUUACUGCUAGCCAUUAGCGACGCAAGAAUAACCACAACACGUCUGCUAGCACUCGAUGGUCGGAUUGUUGGCGGUGAGGAUGCCGACAGCAAGGAAUUUCCCUAUCAAGUAUCCCUUCGUCAAUUCGGUUCACACAGCUGUGGCGGUUCAAUUUUGGACACUGGCAACGAGAACACUACCGGCUGGUAUGUGGUCACAGCUGCGCACUGUGUAACACCCAGCUCUCCGCAAUAUCAUCGCGUAGAGUAUGGCGUAACGCAGCUCGGCGGUACCUCCGAUAAAGUGGUGGACGUUGAUCGUAUCUUCCGACAUGAGAACUACAACCCAAACACCAUUGACCACGACAUAGCCUUGAUCAAAGUGGCAACACGCAUAACGCUUAGUGACUUGGCUCAGCCGAUACGCAUAGCCAAUGCAACCCCACAAGUUGGCGCAGAUGCCGUUGUAACUGGUUGGGGUAGCGUGCAAGAAGGCGGCUAUUUAUCGCGCACUUUGCAAAAGGUAGCCGUUAAAAUAGUCGAUCGAUUUGAGUGUGCCGGGCAGUAUUCGCAAUUCAAUGCCGUCACGGAACGCAUGUUGUGCGCGGGGGUGCCUGAAGGGGGCAAAGAUGCUUGCCAGGGCGACUCUGGUGGACCGCUAGUGGUAGAUGGUGAACUGGUGGGCAUAGUGUCGUGGGGUGUGGGCUGUGCUCGUCCUAAUUUACCUGGUGUAUAUAGCGAUGCUGCUGUUUUAUGGCGAUGGAUAGAGGAACAACUUGGAAAAUGA